AUGGGCCUGGCCGCAGGCAAUGAAUCGGGGACCCUGGAUUUCGUGCUGCUCGGGCUGGGGGCCCCGCCGGCCGUGCGGCCCUUGCUGUGGACCGCGCUGCUGCUGGCCUGUCUGGCCACGGUGCUGGGCAACGGCGCGCUGGUGGGGCUGAUCGCGCUGGACCGGCGGCUGCAUAGGCCCAUGUACCUCCUGUUGUCUCACCUGGCGCUGCUGGACGCGGCCUACGUGAGCACCACGCUGCCCCAGGCGCUGGCGCACAUGGCCUCUCGCCGCGCCCGCCUCUCGCUGGCACGCUGCGGGGCGCAGCUCUACGUGGGCAUCUCCCUGGGCAGCUGCGAGGCGCUGCUCCUGGCAGCCAUGGCCCUGGACCGCAGCUUGGCGGUGUGUAGGCCCCUGCACUACCCCACGCUGGUGACCCCUCUGCGCUGCGCUGCGCUGGCUGGCGCCGCCUGGACGCUGGGCUUCGCGCUGUCGGUGCCCAACGCCGCGGCCGCGCUGAGCCUGCCCUUUUGCGCUGGGAGGCCGGCCGUGGACCACUUCUUCUGCGAGCUGCCCGCGGUGCUGCGGACGGCGUGUGCGGACACCACCGCCAACCACAGGCUCAUCUCUGGCCUGGGCGUGCCCAUCCUCCUGGUGCCCCUGACCUUCAUCCUCGCCUCCUACGCCUCGAUUCUGGCCACAGUGGGCAAGUUGCCUUCCGCCAGGAGCCGCCUCAAGGCCCUGUCCACCUGCAGCUCACACCUGGCCGUAGUGGGGCUCUUCUACGGCACGGUGAGCGCCAUGUACCUGCGCCCGCGCGCCUCCAGUGCCCUCCCUGCCAGGCAGCACAAGCUGGUGGCCGUUUUCUACCUUGUGGUCACGCCCGUCCUGAACCCGCUCAUCUACAGCCUUCGGAACCGCGAGGUCCACGCAGCAGCCCGCUAUGCCCUGGCCCGGCUGCGGGGUGUCCGCGCUGCGGGCCGCUGA